UUUUUAUAGCUGUGAAACUAGCUUUGAAGUCCUAGCUUUUAAAGUUGGAGCUAAUUAACCUGUUCUUGGUGUCAUUCAAUGUUGAUAUGAAAACACAUCCAAAAAUGCGCGUUUUGUACAGAAGAGUACUUGAUUUUCACAGUUACCCAAUUGAAUGACUGAACCGAAAAUAAGUAAUAAACCAACCACACUCAUUAAAAGCAUGCCCAACUGCCCUAACGCCCAAGUAGAAUUCAUACUCUCAUCAAAAACUCAAAAUCAUUACAAAAUUAUUCUCUGCUUAGUCUCUUGCUAUUCUGAAGCUGUUUUCACUGCAAAAGGAAUCUUGUUUUGCAUCAGUAUCGAUUUGCUUCAAUGGCCUCGAAAAAGAGCAGUGGUGGUAGAUUCUUUUCUUCAAUCAAGUCUAGCUUGUCGAAUAUCGGAAAGAUCCCUAUAAGCAAAUCUGUUAACAGUAUCGAUGAAAUAGAAGUUAUAAGUCCAGAUGGAGACAGAGUGGAUGCAGCAGUAGAAGCUACUAAAGGAAAAUGGAAACCAGAUGAGCGAGAGAGCUUAUGGAAGCUGGCGAAGAAGUACAUCGGUGGAGAUAUUAUAUCUUUAAAUUAUACUCCAAUUUCUUACAUGGAACCAGCAACCAAUGUUUCAAGAAUGGCGGAGUUAAUGGAGUACUCGCACCUGUUGGAUCAAGCAGAUGUAUGUGAGGACCCUUACAUGCGGAUGGUAUACGCUUCAUCAUGGGCAUUAUCUGUCUAUUUUGCGUUAAGCCGGCCAACAAAGCCAUUCAAUCCGAUAGUUGGUGAGACGUUUGAAAUGGUUAAUCACGACGGGAUUACAUACAUCGGAGAGCAGGUGAGCCAUCAUCCACCAAUAGAUGCUGCACAUGCUGAAAAUGAGCAUUUCAUACAUGAUAUUACAUCCAACUUGAGGACCAAAUUGUUGGGAAAUUCACUUGAUAUAUAUCCUAGCACCAGAACUCGUAUUACUCUUAAAAGAGAUGGUGUUGUUCUAGAUGCUAAUCCACCUCACAUAAGAGCUAAUAACCUUAUAUUUGGCCGAUUGUGGGUUUCUUUGUCGGGAGAGUUAACCUUGACGAACAUGACCACUGGAGAUUAUGUUGUGUUCAAGUUUCAACAACCUGGUUGGUUUGGUGGAUCUCGUGGUCAAGUGGAUGGAUAUGUUUACAAUGCUGCCAAGGAACCUAAGAUACUUAUGACAGGAAAAUGGACCAAGUCGUUGAGUUAUCAGCCAUGUGAUAAGGAAGGGAAACCCCUUGCAGAAACUGAACUAAAAGAGGUCUGGAAAGUGGCUGAUCUUCCCGAAAAGGAUAAAUUUCAGUUCACAUAUUUCACACAUAAGCUAAACAGCUUAGAAACUGCACCAAGAAAGAUGUUAGCAUCAGAUUCUCGUUUACGUCCUGAUAGAUGUGCACUUGAGAAAGGUGAUCUCUCCAAAGUCAGCCGUGAAAAAUCCAGCAUCGAGGCAAGACAGAGAAACGAGCAGAAAAGAAGAGAAGCCAAUGCUGAUAAGUUUGUUCCAAGAUGGUUCGAAUUGAGUGAUGAAGUAAAAGCUACACCAUGGGGUGAUGUACGGGCUUACAAAUUCAAUGGUAAGUAUGAUGAACACAGGGCAGCAAUAGAUACCUCUACAGAUAAGGAUGCAGACAUUCAACCAACUGAGUUCAACCCCUGGCAAUACAGCGAUACUAAAUAGAAAGCAGCAAGUAAAACAACUUGAAGAACUUGUAAUCAGUAUAUGUAGUAUUUUGCAGAAGUAACGGCAGAUUAUGUUAGAAUUUGCAGACCCAUAGUGACAGUACAGUCUUGACAAUAUUGUACUAGCUUUGCAUUUUCUUAAUCUUCAUAUAGAAAGAACUGUUUAGCUGUCCUUUUGAAGUAAUUAUUCAUAGAUUAUCAGAAUAAUGAUCAUGCUGUCUUUUGAGAAAACGAACAUAAACCCAAUGUUGG